AUGGCACCAGUGAAAAAGCUUGUGGUGAAGGGGGGCAAAAAAAAGAAGCAGGUCCUGAAGUUUACUCUUGACUCUACGCAUCCUGUAGAAGAUGGAAUCAUGGAUGCUGCCAAUUUUGAGCAGUUUCUUAAGGAAAGAAUCAAAGUGAAUGGAAAAGCUGGGAAUCUCGGAGGAGGUGUUGUAACAACUGAAAGAAGCAAAAGCAAGAUCACUGUAACUUCCGAGGUGACUUUUUCCAAAAGGUAUUUGAAAUAUCUCACAAAAAAAUAUUUGAAGAAGAAUAAUCUCCGUGAUUGGUUACGCGUAGUUGCUAACAGCAAAGAAAGUUACGAAUUACGUUACUUCCAGAUUAAUCAAGAUGAAGAAGAGGAGGAAGAUGAGGAUUGAAACUCAGUUAUCUGGAGUAUU